CACUCUUACACACUACUGGAAAUAGAGAGAGGGAGGGAGAGAGAGAGAGAGAGAGAGAGAGAGAUUGAAGCGCAGGGCAUCAGUGCACUGCUGCUGCCUCUCCAAACUGUACUGCUGUCCACCUGUGCAGGAUUAUCUGCGUCCAGGCAGCAGACAGGAGACGCUACACCAUCCAUCGUUUACCAGGCGGAUUACUUAAAGAUGAACCGCCGUUUGGUGGGGAUGAAACGAGGGACUAAGUUGCCGUCAUCGCCUCUUUUCUUUUUUCCUUGGUGUGCUGCCUGUCAGCCGCUGGCACGCGUUCAGUUUUAGGCAUUGCAGUUUCUAGACUACUUUCUGCCGUGGCUUGUUUCUUGGCCGCUCCACUUCGUUUCUCUCUCUCUCUCUUCCCACAGUGCUCUGUGGCGUUUGGUGCUUGUCCACACAUAUCCUCCUGCAUUGGAAAUUAAAGCUUCCUUUUUUGAUUACUCCCGCUUGCCCGCUGACUGCCCCGUCGGAGGAGUCCGAUCAGGACGAGAAGGCGCAGCAGGGAGCGCAGCGCGUCUUCUCCGCCCGCACAUUGGCGCACAUGCGGAGAGGCGGAGAUAUUGCGCACCGCACCACACAUGGCGCGGACAUGCACGCUCACAUGCACGUGCACACAUACGGACGCACAUCCAAUCACGCAGCUUUUCCCCUCUGCGUGUAGCUUUUGAUUGCAGCGAAGCGCCGGUUUCCUCCUGAGUCCAAAGUCGAAACGCGUUUACCUUUCACUCAUCCAUCCUUGGCAAGUUCAUUUUUGACAUGCACAAGGCGGACACCCACUAAGGAAAGCACUGCAGAAACAUUCCCAUCUAAAAGAUGAGAGAAAUUGGCCUCAGCGGAUCUUCCGUCGGUCACCGGAAUUGCGAGUGCAGGGUCGGGGCGGAGGGCAGCGGGGAGAGAGGACAGGGAGAGGCCGGGGAGGAGGAGCUCUCAGCCGGACUGCCCGCCGCGGAAGAGCCGGUGCUGCCGGUGCUGAAGAAGCAGGCUGCUGCUGCUGCCGGGGGGAGGCGGGGGGAGGAUGAACAGUGCCUCAGUGUGAAAUUAUAACACUCAGCUGGCUUUGUGAGUGUUUGUUUUUUCCGUCGUUGUACCUCUCACUAAUUAGUCUGAAGAUGCGAGAUAACGAACAGUGGCCUACUUAAUAACUGUCAUCCUGUACUCUUAUCAACGUGGCACUUUUGGGUCACCUGAAAAGGUAAAUUCAGCACAAGUAAAGGCCUGCAGUCGCGAAUUUACCUGAGCUGUACCCUUUGGAAGGACAUCCUCCCACUUCUAGGCCACUUUACAGCAGUUUAACUUUGUGUCAUGGUUGUGUUUUCUUCCUAGCUUGUAGUUGAAUAGUCUGAGAAUAAUCCUCAUAAUAAUAAUAAUCCUGUAAUCUUUGUUUACCGACUUCUAGUGUGUCUGUGGAGCUCAGUAGUGAGUUAAUGGUCACCAUAUUGCACUGAAUGGUACUUUUUAUGUCUUAAGUAUUACAAAGCUAUAAUAAUUCUUUAUAGUAGUAUAUAUAGUUUAUAGUUUUCUGUGAUAUUUCUAUAGAAUUGUACUUUAAAUGUAUUAUACGACCGCUUUAGAUAUUUUUUUUAUGACAUCUUACUCUGAGAAAUUCAGUUAGCUUGAAGGAGCCCUGUUUCCAGGUGCCUUGAUAUUGGAGGCUGGUGAUUUAUCAUUUAUUCAUAUACCUAUUUGUCUAUGAAAUAUUUAAAGGUUAGAGAUUGGUUUGAGGCCAUCAUUCAUCCAUUUGCACAUGGAAGUGUUUUGCUGCCUUGGUCUUGUGCGGUGCAAUUGAUUUCCCUGGCUUUGCUUCAGUCAGAGUCCUCUUUAUUCCUGUUUUUUUUUCUAGGCUAAUUUGAGCGCUGACUAUCUGAGCAAUACUUCUCUGCCCUGGAACGUGAACACGGCCUUAUAAACCCUCCAGAAGACGGUCACCUGCCUGUCAGACAGUCAGACAAACACGUGUGUGUCAUGACACUUGUUGGCAGGUGCCGUUUGCAGAUACACCAACACGCUCGGUUAUUUAUAGACGUUCGUAUCACUGUGUGCUUUUGGAGUAUCGAUUCGGAACAAGAGCUGAUGCUCGCUGGAAUGUAACACAAACUACGGAGCUGCUGCAGUUUCACAAACAGAGACUCAGUGGAAUACAGGCUGCUGAAGUCAGUGAAUGCAUCUCCGGUAUUAGCUGAAAUCAGCUUACUGUGGGGGUCACAAAGACUGCAAACCCAGAGACAUUGUCUCUAGAAGUCUGGACACAAAGCACAACAAGCCCCACCUGAUCUAGAUCAUCGCGCUCGGCGGAAGAGCAUAGCCACCGGGAAGCAGCCCAGCAUGGAGGUCCCUCCCACUGCCCCCCUUCAACCCUUCCGACAACCCAGUUUCCUCAGUAGAAGGUUGAAGGGCUCGAUCAAGAGGGCCAAGAGUCAGCCCAAACUGGACCGAACCAGCAGUUUCCGCCACAUGAUCCUCCCCCGCUUCCGCAGUGCCGACCAAGACAGGACCCGUUUGAUGCAAAGCUUCAAAGAGUCCCACUCUCAUGAGUCCUUGCUGUCUCCCAGCAGCGCUGCCGAGGCGCUGGACCUUACUCUGGACGAGGACGCCAUCAUCAAACCUGUGCACUCCAGCAUCCUGGGACAAGAGUACUGCUUUGAGGUGACUACGGCAUCGGGAACCAAGUGCUUUGCGUGUCGCUCAGCUGCAGAGAGAGACAAAUGGAUCGAGAACCUGCAGAGAGCUGUCAAGCCCAACAAGGACAACAGCCGGAGGGUGGACAAUGUGCUCAAACUUUGGAUCAUCGAGGCCCGAGAGCUUCCAGCCAAGAAACGCUACUACUGCGAACUUUGCCUGGACGACAUGCUGUAUGCACGCACCACCAGCAAGCCCCGCACCGACACCGUCUUCUGGGGCGAGCACUUUGAAUUCAACAACCUGCCUGCCGUCCGCAACCUACGCCUUCAUCUAUACAAGGAGACGGACAAGAAGAGACGCAAGGAAAAGAGCACAUACUUAGGACUUGUAAGCAUCCCCAUCUCCAGCAUCACUGGACGUCAGUUUGUGGAGCAGUGGUACCCUGUCAUCCAGCCCAGUGUCCUCACCAAGGGAGCCGGCGUCGGUGGAGGGAAGAUCAUCAACGCAUCCCUACGCCUCAAGUCCCGCUUCCAGACCAUGAACAUCCUGCCCAUGGAGCUGUACAAGGAGUUUGCCGAGUACGUCACCAAUAACUACCGCACCCUGUGUGCCGUGCUGGAGCCCGUGCUGAGUGUGAAGAGCAAAGAGGAGGUGGCCUGUGCGUUGGUGCAUAUACUGCAGAGCACAGGGAAAGCUAAGGAUUUCCUGUCAGACAUGGCGAUGUGCGAGGUGGACAGAUUCAUCGACCGAGAACACCUUAUAUUCAGAGAGAACACUCUGGCCACCAAAGCCAUAGAAGAGUACCUCAAACUGAUCGGACAUAAGUACCUCAAGGACGCUAUAGGGGAGUUCAUUAGAGCCUUGUAUGAGUCAGAGGAAAAUUGUGAAGUGGAUCCCAUGAGAACACCACCCUCUGUGCUCGCAGACCACCAAGCCAAUCUCCGAAUGUGCUGUGAACUGGCACUCUGUAAGAUUGUCAACUCCCAUUGUGUUUUCCCUCGAGAGCUAAAGGAAGUCUUUGCCUCCUGGAGAGUGCGCUGUGCUGAGAGGGGUCGGGAAGACAUCGCCGACCGUCUCAUCAGCGGUUCCCUCUUCCUGCGCUUCCUGUGUCCCGCCAUCAUGUCACCAUCGCUCUUCAAUCUCACCCAGGAGUAUCCUGACGAGCAGACGUCACGCACGCUCACCCUCAUUGCAAAAGUAGUGCAAAACCUGGCCAACUUCUCCAAGUUCGGCAACAAGGAGGAGUACAUGUGUUUCAUGAAUGAGUUUUUAGAGAUGGAGUGGGGCUCCAUGCAGCAGUUCCUGUAUGAGAUCUCCAACCUGGACAGUGUCAGCAAUGCAGGCGGCUUUGAGGGAUACAUCGACCUCGGCAGGGAGCUGUCGAUUCUGCACAGUCUUCUCUGGGAGGUUAUGGCUCAGCUCAGCAAGGAUGCCAUCAUCAAACUGGGUCCUUUGCCUCGCCUCCUGAAUGACAUCAGUAUGGCCUUGCGUAACCCUCACCUCCAGAGGCAGCCCAGCCAUCAGAUAGACAGGGUGCAGGAGAGACAGGCGGACAGGCUGCUGUCACGGCCGAGCUUCAACAGGGGCAUCUCGUCCGAGUUUCAAAAUUUCAUGAAGCCGAAUCUUAACAGCUCUAUAGAUGUCACUCGCUUGCCUUCACCUACGUCCGCCGGAGGGGUCAUACCAUCGCGCAACCAGAUGAGUUUCCAGGACCGUGACCACCCCCAUCGAGCGUCCUCCAAAGACAUGUUUUACGUCUCACGUCCUCCCCUGGCCCGCUCCAGCCCGGCCUACUGCACGAGCAGCUCGGACAUCACAGAACCAGACCCUAAGGAUUCCCGAAUGAACAGCGUGUCUAACCUGCAGUCGGUGGACAUGCUCAACUCCUCCCAGGCCUCCAUCGCCGGCAUGGGCAGCUUCGGAGGGCUGAGCAGCGGAGGCGGUGGCGGCCUGGGGUCGGGCCUGAGCAGCCAGCUGCGGGCCGGUGGGAGGUUGUCAGCUGGCUCUGGCGGCUCCAGCAUGUCCGGCGGCCUCCGGCUGAGCCAGCUGAGCCAGAUGGGCACCACCACCGACUCGCUAUCCCAGCAGCAGCAACAGCAGGCCGCCGCCAUGCGCUACCCGCUUUCCUUCCAGAAUCCCCUCUUUCAUCUGGCGACCGCUGACGGGCCUCAACAACAGCUCCACCACCAGCACAGCCGCGCCCAGCCCCCAGCGCCCCUGCUCCUCGCUCCAGAUGAUUCGUCUCACCAGGGCUACUUGCCACAGUUUGCCCACGGGGGGUUCUCUCGCAGUGAGGACCUGUCCACCCUCAGGACCCGGGACGGUCACCUGGGACAGCCCAGCAUCAUCCACUCCCACAGCUACAGCGAUGACUACACCAGGGCUGAAUACGGACGCAGGCAGAUGUCCAUGCAUGUGCAGGACAACCUCCAACAGCAACAAAUGAUGGGCAUGACCUCCCAGACAGGAACUUCCCACUCCUCUUUGGCCACCACUCCCCCCACCACCGUGCAACCCGUGCGCCAGAGCUCUGUUGCCCCGCCUCCCUCCCAGCGAAUGAAGUCCCAGACCUCCCAUCAGCUGUCGGUCAGCGCGGCCGCCGCACCUGUUGCUCCGGCUAAAACGCGACCGCAGAGCGGGAACCUCCUCCAGUCACCCGAGUCGGCCUACGGCGGUGGCGGCGGCGGCGGCAGACAGCACGGGUCCCGGCAGCUCUCUGUCAAAGACAACACCGCCCCGGGUCUGCCCCACCAGCAGAGCUCUGUCAGGGAGAGCGGGAGUCCACAAGGAACCACCAGUCAGAGCACUCAGCAGUCACCACAGCAACAGUCUCAGCCACAACAACAGCACCUGCUCAAACCCACCAUGAGCAAACAGGGCUCCCAGACUCCAUCCACCCUCAAUCCCCCCUCGGCCAACGAGCGCACAGUGGCCUGGGUCUCCAACAUGCCUCAUCUGUCGGCCGACAUUGAGAGUUCUCGAAUUGACCGCGAGGAGUUUAAACUGAAGGAGUACUCAAAGAGCAUGGAUGAGUCACGGAUGGACAGGGUGAAGGAAUACGAGGAGGAGAUCAACUCCCUGAAGGCACGUCUGAUGAUGUCCCACAAAAAGCUGGAGGAGUACGAGCGCAGGCUCCUCACGCAGGAGCAGCAGACCAAUAAGAUUCUCCUUCAGUACCAGAACCGCCUCGAUGACAGUGAGAGGAGGCUACAGCGACAGCAAGUGGAGAAAGACUCCCAAAUUAAAGGAAUAAUUAGCAGACUCAUGGCUGUGGAGGAUGAGAUAAGGGGAGGACCCUUGAUUGAGCCAAAAACCAGGAUUUUCGCUGAUCAGGAGACCCAGCUUUCCUCCCUGGGUUACGCAGACCCCGGUGUGAAAACUGAAGGUGGAGGGGGAGGAGGAGGAGGAGGAGGAGGAGGAGGACAAGGAGGAGCGGUAACCAACGAUCAAGGCCUCAGAGUCACUUCCUUGGGCAUUUCCUCCGACAGCUCGCCCCACAAUGGAGUCCUCCCCCAAACUGUAGACCCUCCCUCUCUGCCCACUCCUCAUCAACAACCAAGUCAGAAUGGAGAGCUCUGUGGCAACCAAACAUCCUCCCCCAUGACAACCUCACAGGCAACCGGCACCACAGCAACAGCAACUACAGGCAUAGCAGAAGAAGGGGGAGUAGGUCAAACACAACACUGAGCCAAAUCAGAGAGAGAGAGAGAGGCAACACAAAACUGUCCACGUUUUCGCCAUUUAGCGAGACGAUUAUUUGAAAAGAAUUCGCCUUAGAUAUUCUAUUUCCCCUGGCGAGAGAGAGAAGAAAAAGUGUGUGGGAGACAAUAGAAAUCAUUCAGCUACUGUACAGUGCAUUACGUAUGAACACACAACACAAAGGGCUCUUCAACGGACAUUUGUUCUCUUGACGCUCACAUGGAGUUUCAGUUAGUAUCAGUCUUGCAGGACAAGAUAAUGAUACCUUAUGUUAUACUGUUUGAAUCAGUCAAACAAGCUGAUAUGUGAACAUGUGCUCUGUGGCUUCAUGAGAAAUAAAACAUGUGAAGAAAAAAGCACUAUAAGACAUCUUGCACCCCAAAGACUUCAUAGUAGCCAUUAGCAGGUGCUAUAAGCUAGCUAGCUAUAGCAUCCUUUGACUCCCAUGGAUGUAGGUGCAUUUAAUACACCUAUCCUGAUCACGCCAGGCUGCAAAUAGUUUAGGUAGAGGUUUGGAGAUGUAGUCUGGCUUUCUUAGUGCCUUUGAGUGUUUUUCAACAGGGUUUUCCAAUAGAGUUAGCGCUGCUAGCAAGAGAAACGAUCUGUGGGCUGAAAACAGAGAUUCAAAGACACAAGAUCAAGCGUUGUCGUAGAGUUUAAAAAGGAGAAAUGGAAGAUGUUUUUUGGGAACUUUUCUCUUCUUUUUUUCAAUCUAAGGGACUUCUUGGUUUUUUUUGGACUGAGCUCGUGCAAUUUUUCUCUUCUCAAUCUCAGAACCGAUAUGUGAUAAACUGGUGCUAAACAGAAACAAAUGGUGCCAUUUUUUCCAAGUCAAAUGUCUGUGUCUGCCAUAGCACUGCCUCUUUCAUGAUUCACUCACUGUCUUUUCUCUCUCUCUCUCUUUCUCUCUCUCUCUCUCUCUCUCUCUCUCUCUCUCUCUCCUGCAAUUUGUCUCUGACAGGACUUUCCCCCUCCCCGAUGUGUUUUCUCUGUGUCCUUUGUCGUUGUUUUAUGUGCAUCCUGUUGUUUUUAUAGGGUUGUUGGGGUCUUCAUAUCUGUGUUUUAGAAGCGGUCUCCUCCAAUCUCUGGUUUAUUUACAGAAAAAAAUGAGCUCCUUGGCUCAAAAUAAUUUGUGGAUCUUUUUUUGAACAGGUUAUAUCAAAAAGCCUCAAAGUGCUAUUUUCAGUUUCCAGAGAGCCCCAUUAUUUAAACCUUGAAUGAAGCUACUUCGACUUAAAUUAAUGGUUUUAAACCAAUUUAUAAGUUAUGUUUCUUUAUCUUAAAAGGUGUUGGUCUGUUGUGUCCAUGCACAAAAUAUUAGUGUUGACAUUAUAAGUAAUACAAAUGCUGUAAUGUCUUUUCUCUUUCCAAUUUGACCAACAUUUACAUACUAAGUGCAGACAAAUCUUAAUAAUUGAGACGUGUUUGUCUUUUGUUUUUUUAAUUUUAUCACAUUUUACCAUAUUUUAUCAUGUUAGUAAAACAGUACUAAUCAGUAAUCAGUACUUAUCAUCUUUUCAAUAAUAUAUGUGAAAGACCAUUUGAACCAUUUAGUUUUGCUUAGCCUGCCAUUAAGUGCCUGAAAUUAAAAUAGGCUAUUCAGUAUCUUGUGGACAGUAGUAGACUAUAGUCAUCGACCACCUGCAUAUUAUGAUGCAUAACUUAGGCUGUGUCCAUUUACAGAAUAUUUAUUAGGUUAUGACACACUUCCUCAUGUUGAUUUGAAAAUUUGAAGCUUGAUUUAAAAUGAAAAAGUUGCCAGUCUGAAAAUGUUUGCCAUUUAAACAGAUUUGAAGGAUUUCCAAGUUAACUGUUUUAAUCAAUGGUUAAUUUGAGAAAAAUCGCAGGAUGUAUAUUCUUGUGUCCAAAGCUGAACAACACAAGUCUUUGAAAUGUUUGUAAUGUGUUUCCAUAUUCCUUCAUUUUGUGUCUGAACUGUUUCUUUGUAAGGUCUGUCUGGAUGUAGGUUUGUUUUUUUUGUCUCUGUAGCCUCCACACACUGGUGUCGCUCUGAAACAACUCAGCUUGUCUAAACGUGUAGGUUUAACCAAGAAGCGUUGAGGAGUUUCUCAUCAGCUUUGUGUCGGCCAUCUUGCAUUUCAAAGUGAAAAAAAACAACAUUUGCUUUGCAGUUAAAAGGUCAACAUGGCCAAUGCUAGUUUUUUUUGUAGGCUAGUGCUAGCAUAUUAGCUAAUCCUUCCAGUGAAUGUUUAACUGUAAUACCACCAAAUGUUAAUAAUGAUUACAGUCUUACACAGGGUAAGAUGUCUUAUUUAGACAGCUUGUAGGGCUACCUUCUUUCUUGUUAAAUAACUUCUAUGGGAAGAAAUGUUGGAUCUGAAGUGAACUUGGUUUGAAAAAUCAGUGUCUUUUUCAAAGAUGAUCCGUGAUUGAGAAAUUAACAUUGCUGUGAAAAUACCUCAGUGACUCAGGUAAACAAGCAGUUGCCUCAGAGCUGAACACAAAAACUAUAAAAACUGAGAUGAGUCCAGCUUUGGAAAGACUGCCACCAUGCAGAUACUCGCUCUCUAGCUAUGCUUCAAUAGCACCUGAUCAAGCACCCUCCCCCGUUUCUUCUCUCUCUCUGUCUCCUUUUUUUUCUCCCCCUAGCCACUCUCAAAGCUUCAUCGAGGACAAUGUGGAACCUAAUUGGUUGAUGCACCAUCGGCACUCCGCAGGGUGGCACGGCCAAAUGUCCAGAGCCC